AUGUUGCCCUUAUCGUUAUCGUCAGUUUUUCUAUUCAUCUCUUUCGUCCAUGUUCAUGGAAAUUUCGAAGAUGCUCGGUGUCGUUGUGUUUGUCCAUCUACCAAAUAUUUUGCAUCAGAAAAUCAUACAGUGAGUGAGGAGAGAAGAUAUUAUACAAAAUCAAAUAUUAACGCUCUUACAUGCAAGCCACAAACAGUGGUGAAGCCGAACGUUUUAGAGAUAGUGGAUGCUGCACAUUUGGAUGCAUUUUUAGCAAACUGUGAUUGCAAGCAUGAGUCGAGAAAUACAGUUCUGCUGAAAGUUGUUGUAAUAUUUGUUAUUUGUGUAGUCUUCGUUUUGGUUACAUAUAUGCUUUUCCUGAUGUGUUUGGAUCCCAUGCUGCGCAAACAACGUCAUUCAGUGCCAUAUAGACAGCAAAAUGAUGAGAUGGAAGAUAAUAUUUUUGCCAGAACGACACCAGCGAGUGAGCGGUUUUCAGAUAUUUCACCUUCAAUUACGAUGCGAUCUCGGAACAUUACAGAUAAUGUUUUGGGACGAGUCGAAGCCGAGCAAAAUCGUUGGAUGCGAAAGGUUGAAGAACAGCGACGAAAUAUUUUCACGGAUCAUACUAUGCUUAAUUGA